AUGGGACGUCCAACCGCCAAGAAGCUUGUGCCACUCAUCAUCGCCAUCGUGGUAAACAUAGCCAUCUUUUCAGCAGCGGUCUCGUCGUCGCCAGUACCUUCUCUAGCCAAACUCGGGUGUGAAAGUAAGUGUGGGGACGUGGAAAUUCCAUUUCCAUUCGGGAUGAGCGACAACUGUUAUCUCAACAUUAAUUUCUCAAUCACAUGCAACCAUACCCAUUUCACGCCUGCAAAGCCAUUUCUAAUGAACAGCAACGUUGAAGUAACCAAUAUAUCGCUACAUGGCGAGCUCCACGUCUUGAACUACGUAGCUAGAGCUUGUUACUCAGAAGAUGGUUCUGCUGAUAUCAAGAACAGACCCAGUAUUAGGGUCCCCAUGUUCACAAUUUCCAACACCAAGAACAAGUUCACUGUCAUCGGCUGCGAUACUUACGCCUAUAUUUCCGGUGAACUUGACGGGGAAUCCUACAGAAGUGGGUGCAUGGCGUUGUGUGGAACCUUUCGUAAAAAUAUAAAAGAUGGGUCAUGCUGGAGUGGGUGUUGUCAGUUAGAGAUUCCUAAAGGCCUACAAAAAUUAGCGUUGGAAGUUGGAAGCUUCCAUAAUUAUACUGAACCAGAAAAUAAAAGCAACUUGAACUUGAGUCAAUGUGGGUAUGCUUUUACAAAUGCAAAUGUGGACAAAAGAGUGAAAAGAUACUUGAGGAUGGAUCUAAAUAUUAUCGUUGUAAGUGUCCGAAUGGUUAUCACGGAAAUCCUUAUCUGGACGAAGGUUGUCAAGAUACAAAUGAAUGCAAACUCGGAACCCAUCAGUGUGUAUCCAACGAUAUGUGUGAAAACGCACCAGAAGGAACCUAUACCUGCUAUUGUCCUGAGAAUUAUGAAGGAGAUGGAAAAGAGGGGGGAACAGGUUGCAGAAAAAAACAUUCCAACUCCAAGAACUGGAGUUGGAAUCACAGUUUUGCUAAUUGCUAUUUCUUGGUUAUACUUGGGUUACAAGAAGUGGAAGUUCAUCCAACGGAAAGAAGAGUUUUUCAAGAAAAAUGGAGGCACCAUGCUUCAACAACACCUUUCUCAGUGGCAAUCACCUACUGAUACAGUUAGAAUUUUCAGCCAAGAGGAGUUGGAGAAAGCUACAAACAAGUUCAAUGAAAGCACGGUGGUAGGAAAAGGCGGCUACGGCACCGUUCACAAAGGAGUCUUAGACGAUGGUUCGGUUAUAGCCAUUAAGAAAUCACAAUUACUUGACCAAUCUCAAACUUCCCAAUUCAUCAACGAAGUCAUUGUUCUGUCCCAAGUCAACCACCGUAACGUGGUCAAGCUCUUAGGGUGUUGUUUAGAAACACAAGUUCCAUUGUUGGUGUAUGAGUUCAUCACCAAUGGCACACUCUUUGAUCACAUCCAUGAUCGGACUAAGUACUCUAAUCAUAUACCUUGGGAAGCUCGCUUGAGAAUAGCUUCAGAAACUGCAGGGGUCAUUUCGUAUUUGCACUCUUCAGCUUCUACCCCAGUUAUCCACAGGGAUAUCAAAUCCACUAACAUACUUUUGGACCAUAAUUUCACUGCAAAGGUGUCGGAUUUCGGUGCCUCCAAGUUGGUUCCAAUGGAUCAAACUCAAUUAUCCACCAUGGUGCAAGGGACUCUUGGGUAUUUGGAUCCUGAAUACUUGUUGAAAAGUGAGUUGACGGAGAAGAGCGAUGUGUACAGCUUUGGAAUAGUGCUUCUAGAGCUUAUAACUGGAAAGAAGGCAGUGUGUUUUGAUGGGCCAGAGGCGGAGAGGAAUCUAGCAAUGUAUGUUCUUUGUGCAAUGAAAGAAGAUCGUUUAGCAGAAGUUGUGGAUAAGGAAAUGGUGAUGGAUGAAGGAAAGUUGAAUCAAAUAAAAGAAGUAUCAAAGAUAGCGAAAGAGUGUGUGAGAGUAAGAGGGGAGGAGCGACCCAACAUGAAAGAGGUGGCUAUGGAGUUAGAGGGACUAAAAGUGAUGCAGGUUCAACAUUCAUGGAUUAAAAACAAUUUAUCCAACUCAGAAGAGAUGAUAAGUUUAUUGGGUGAAACUUCAAACUCCACCCAAUUUCUUGUCAGCAGCCGUAUGAAUUCUACGAGCAAUAGUAUAACGACUGACAUUUUGACUGCACAUGUCCCAGAUGCAAGAUGA